AUGGACCGUGAAAAAUGGGCGCAAGGAAGAAAAGAGAUACGGAGUUAUCUUCACCUGCAUGGCUUCAAGAGCCGUACACUUGAAGUCGCGCACUCCCUUGAGAACGACUCCUUCAUCAACGCCCUUCGCCGCUUCAUCUGCAGAAGAGGCCCUGUGCGUCAACUCCGAAGUGACCAAGGCACCAAUUUUAUUGGCGCAAGGCGGGAACUGAAAGAAGCCCUCGCAGAGAUGGACCACAGAAGGGUCGCCACUGAAGUACUGAAGAUGAACUGUGACUGGGUUGAAACAAAGCUCAACGUUCCCUCAGCCAGUCACAUGGGUGGACUCUGGGAACGACAAAUAAGAAGCAUUCGAAAUGUACUUGCAUACCUAUUACAAAGAAACGGGGCGCAACUUAACGACGAAGCUCUCGUAACUUUCAUGUGUGAAGCGGAAUCUAUGGUCAAUUGCCGCCCCCUCACAACAGACAACCUUGCGUCACCUGAAUCUUUGGAACCACUGACGCCGAACCAUAUUUUGACGAUGAAAACAAAGGUCGUCCUUCCCCCUCCAGGCGCCUUUCAAACGGCUGACAAAUACUCUAAGAAAAUGUGGCGAACAGUACAGCACCUGUCCAACGAAUUCUGGACGCGCUGGCGAAAGGAGUUCCUCCAAUCACUGCAACAAAGAACCAAGUGGUCGCGCCCCAAAAGAAUCUCAGGCCAGGUGACAUUGUCAUCGUUAAGGAUGCCGACACACCAAGAAACACUUGGAGACUCGCUCGUAUAACCGAAGUUCACGUAGGCGAUGACAAACUUGUACGGACCGUGAAACUCCUUGUCGGAGAUAGAAACUUGCGAAAGGAUGGGAUGAGAACGAGACCACUAACCACGCUAGAAAGACCAAUCCACAAGCUUGUCCUCCUUCUACCUGGUGACGAGACGGGAGACCGGGAAGCCCCAUCGGAGAGCCAUGAAUGAGCCAGCCUACGAUACUGAGGAGUGCGAUACUCACAGUGCCACGACGAGAAACCAAC